GUGUGUAUUUCACUCAGAAAAACAAAAUGUUUAUAGCUGGAGCCUCAGGGAUCCUGUGCUCUCAGUGCUUUUAAUUUUCAUUGCCACCAUUUAGGAUUUUCCUCUUUAGAUGGGAGAUGUCCUUGCUUGUCAGCCAGCUUCAGGGCCAUUCAAAGAUGGUGGUAAUGCAGCAACAGCACAGACUGUCUCUCUUCUCUUCACUAUCACUGCUGACGCUAAAGGUUGCCUGUGAUUUGCUUCGGAGAAUAAUUCGCAUCUUGCAUCUCAGUAAGAGACUCCAAGGACAACUGCAAGGGGGUAGUAGAGAGAUAACAAAAGCUGCUCAGAGUCUCAAUGAACUUGAUUAUCUUUCUCAAGGAAUAGAUCUUUCUGGAAUUGAAGUAAUAGAAAAUGAUCUACUUUUUAUUGCAAGAGCUCGACUUGAAGUGGAAAAUCAAGCUAAGCGCCUCCUGGAGCAGGGUGUGGAGACUCAGAAUCCAACCCAAGUCGGAACAGCUCUUCAGGUUUUCCAUAAUCUUGGAACUUUGAAGAAUACCAUUACCAGUGUCGUGGAUGGAUAUUGUGCCUCUAUAGAAGAAAGUAUCAAUACUGCGUUAGACAUCAAAGUUUUGACUCAGCCUUCCCAGUCAGCAGUGAGAGGGGGACCCGGACGAUCUACCAUGCCAACUCCAGGAAACACUGCAGCUUUUCGUGCUUCCCUCUGGACCAACAUGGAGAAACUAGUGGAUCAUAUUUGUACUGUUUGUGGACAGGUACAACAUCUACAAAAAAUAUUAGCCAAGAAGAGAGAUCCUGUUUCUCACAUUUGUUUCAUUGACGAAAUAGUUAAGGAUGGACAGUCUGAAAUUUUAUACACAUUUUGGAAUUCAAUUACUCAAGCACUUUACUCUCAAUUUCAAGUGGCAACAAAUUCUUCUAUGUUUUUGAAACAGGCAUUUGAAGGAGAAUACCCUAAAUUAUUGCGUCUUUAUAAUGACUUAUGGAAGCGUCUUCAACAGUACAGCCAAAAUAUUCAAGGAAAAUUUAAUGCAAGUGGAACCACAGACCUCUAUGUUGACUUACAACACAUGGAAGAUGAUACACAAGACAUAUUCAUACCAAAAAAGCCAGAUUAUGAUCCAGAAAAGGCUUUAAAAGACUCAAUACAACCCUAUGAGGCUGCUUAUCUAUCAAAGUCCUUAUCUCGACUCUUUGACCCUAUCAACUUGGUUUUUCCCCCUGGUGGUCGUAAUCCUCCUUCUUCAGAUGAACUGGAAGGUAUUAUUAAAACUAUAGCAAGUGAGCUAAAUGUAGCUGCUGUUGACGCAAACCUCACAUUAGCUGUGUCAAAAAACGUGGCCAAGACCAUCCAGUUAUAUGGUGUAAAAUCAGAACAGCUACUUUCCACACAAGGAGAUGCAAGUCAGGUGAUUGGGCCUCUUACGGAAGGGCAGAGGAGAAAUGUGGCAGUAGUGAAUUCACUGUUCAGAUUGCACCAGUCAGUAACAAAGGUGGUUUCCAGUCAGUGCUCAUUUCCACCAGCAGCUGAGCAAACUAUAAUUUCAGCCCUAAAGACAAUCCAUGUUCUUAUGGGAAAUGCUGUUCAACCCUUACUGACUUCAGUGGGAGAUGCUAUAGAGGCCAUAAUCAUCACCAUGCACCAAGAAGACUUUUCUGGGUCAUUACCCAGCUCAGGGAGGCCUGAUGUCCCUUGUUCUCUGUACAUGAAGGAGCUCCAAGGUUUCAUUGCCAGGGUUAUGAGUGACUACUUCAAACACUUCGAGUGCUUGGAUUUUGUCUUUGACAACACUGAAGCUAUUGCCCAAAGAGCAAUUGAACUUUUUAUCCGCAAUGCCAGUCUCAUAAGACCUCUCGGUGAAGGCGGGAAAAUGCGACUUGCUGCUGAUUUUGCACAGAUGGAGAUGGCUGUGGGUCCGUUCUGCAGAAGAGUAUCUGAUUUAGGAAAGUCCUAUCGAAUGCUGAGGUCAUUUAGACCCCUGCUCUUCCAGACAAGUGAACACGUGGCCAGUAGUCCUGCUCUGGGGGACACUAUUCCAUUCAGCAUCAUUAUUCAGUUUUUGUUCACGAGAGCACCCGCUGAGCUGAAAUCCCCCUUCCAGAGGGCAGAGUGGUCCCAUGCACGCUUCUCCCAGUGGCUGGAUGACCACCCAUCUGAAAAGGACAGACUCCUCCUCAUCAGGGGAGCCCUGGAGGCUUAUGUUCAGUCUGUAAGAAGUAGAGAAGGCAAAGAAUUUGCACCAGUGUAUCCCAUAAUGGUUCAACUGCUUCAGAAAGCUAUGUCUGCUCUUCAGUAAUAAUGUGAAGUAUUUCUUAAUCUCCAUUCUUUGCUAACCCAAAGACAGUUAGUAUUUACUGUUUUAAGAAUGUAACCAACUUUUCUGUAUUUUCUAUUGAUCUUUUUCUGUUGAUCUCUUCAGCCCUUCUAAUUAUGUAGCAUAAAAUGUCAAAAAUCACCAUCACCUUCAAACGCUAGAGGCCUGAUUUUCCAGAAAGACAUCCAACUCUUCUCUCCUUUCAGACUUUUCUACAAGGCUAGCUAAAAUUCCUUUCCCAUCACAUAACUGAGCACCCACUGCUUUUUAAGGUAUAUGGCCAGGUAACAUACAGUAAGUACCCUGCUUCCCCCAAUCUUUCUUCCUCACUAGAUAUGUAGCCAGUGGUUUCCACAUCUGCAUAUUAGAACCAGUGAGGGAAGCUUUUAAAAAGCCGAAUAUUAAUUGAUUUGUACUCCAUAUUAACACAUUUGGGGUAGGAGCCACGCAUUAGUAUUUUUAAAAAACAUUUCCAAGUGUUUCCAAUAUGCAAUAAAGUUUGGGAACCAAUGGCAUAUCCUAAAAGCAAAGAUGUAGAGCUAAAUGUUUAAAUAUGUCAUAAUGUAUCUGUAAUAAAGCUAGAGCAAGCUAUCUUAACACUUUGUGUCAUUUUAUUAAAAGCAGACUUUUGUGGCUGUUAAACUUUGUAACAGAGAUGCCAAAUUAUAAAUAAAAACAAUUUUUAUUUUACAGAGGUUCUGAUAGAUAAUCUAGGUCUUUAUUUUCCUAUUGCCCUCAUCCUGUUAACAUGUUACUUUUAACUUAAUGCUUAAAACCCCAUCAGCAACUUAUUUUCCAUCCCCAGAGCCUGAUACUCUGGCAUCUCAUAUAUAAUGUUCAGUCAAAAUCAAUCAGCAGAAGUCAGAGAUAAACCUUUUUUUUUUUUUCAUUUUAUUUGAAAUAAUAUACAAGAAUAUAGUGUGCAAAAUUUAGGGGCAACAUCAUGAAGUGUAAUGAACUGAAAUCAAUUUUACAGCUGUGAUUCCUAACCAGAAAUACCACUUGGUAAGUAACAUGAAAAGCCAUGAUUGUAGCUCAGAGCAAAAGCAGCUGUAUUGCCAGUGUAUUUGCUCUAAUUUCAGACAGUUGGAGGAAAGUAAAGUGCAAGUGUUGCACUGCAGUAAGUGCAAAGUCUGCCCCCACCAUAAAGAUAUGAUGACAAAAUAACAUAUUGAAGAUAUGUAGCUGAGGAGAUACAGAACACAAAGUUUAAAAAUACAAUGG